CGGAAAUUUUGAUACUCAAAAAUUUAGAAUCUCAACACUUUCGACGUUUUACGAUGGGAUCAUGCCAGGUAUUGGCGGAUCUAUUGUGGCGCUUGGUGCUUCGUUAUAUAAUGUUGGAUUAGAGCCCAAAACAGUUGAAAACAGAACCUCGAUAUGCGUGGAAUCACAUCGGAUAGAAGUGGACAAGUUUAGAAUAAAAGUUGUGUCGAAAGUGAAACCGAAAGUAAAGGAUCAAAAUUACAAAAGUGAAGUUUUAGCUCUGGGUGUUGUUCAUGUGAAGAUAUUGCAAGAUGAGCUUGUUUGUAUUGUUUGGAAAUUACUUUCUGGACCAAAUGGACAGUCUAGAAAAGAAGUCACACAUUAUGUUUCAAUUCUAAUUGAAGACAAUGAAUUGCAAACAAUCGGAACAUUGGCGACAACUGAAGAUGACCGAUGUGGUGAUAUUUUAUUAUGUGAUGGGCCAAUAUGUAUUUGGAGGGAUACGUCACAUCUAAUUAUUAAUCACUUGAAAGAAAAUGCUUUUGAGCAGAUCAAACAUAAAAUAUUUGUAAAUAAUGCGGUGGAUAAUCUUCAUAUCCUCACCCAUAACCGUGUCUCACGUCUUGAAACAAUUAUUUUACUGAAAGUGUCGCUUCCAAAAGAAAAUACUUCAGCAGAUGAUGAUUGGCCUCAGAUAACAGAUAGCUGUGAUGUCACAACCAUUGUGAUGGCUGUUUCUUUUAACACAAACUCAGCACAUGUACAAACACUACUUCACUGCAAUUUUAUCCCUGAUAUUUAUGCAUCAAUAAUCGUCAGCAUUUUAGCAAAUAUACAAGUGAAGAAACGGCAACAUUCUCAGUCAGUGACCCAGAAUGAAUACACUUCUGAAAUCUAUGCUACAACCAAUUUGGCUCAACUCCUAGAGUUUAUAGAUGGCGAUGUUACACGGUGCAUUGACUUGUGUUAUAUGAACAUUUUGAGAAUAGACAAGUUUGAAGCGUAUGGGGGACUCGAGUAUAUUGUCUUGGCCAAUCUGAAUGAUGAAGAUGGUUGGGAUAUAUUAAUUGUGCAAUGCAGAACAUUUGAGGUGUUCAAGACUUACCAUAGCCCCCACCAGGCCUUCAUUAGUGACUUUGUUAGUUGCGGAACUGAUCAACUCCUCAUUCUCAAUGACACACUUGAGCGCAACAGUUUUAUUCUGACAGAUUUUGGUGCGCAUAUUAUAGAUUCAAGUCAGGUUGUGGAUCAGGUACCUGAUGCAAAAGAUGAAAAUAAUACAAGCAAUAAUCUCCAGUCUGUCAUAGAAGCCUUACAAUCCAGACUUCAGGCAACUGUGGAGGAAGUGACUGUUGCUAAGCAACUAGCAGUGGACAAGCAACAGCUCAUUGAUGAUACCUGUGUUGCUAUUAAGCAUAUGACACUAGGAACAGAAUCACCAUGGACACAUGAAAAUAAGAGUGUUGACAUGGUCACCUUAACAGGAGGACCUCCUCCACAGGAGAUUAUUACCCACAAUGCUUAUCCUGGAACUAAUGUUAACCCUCUCACUCCCAAAGCUGUUAACAAGUGGUAUAGAAUAUUGGGGGACAAGUGGAUCAUUGGCCUGGAGGUGGUUAAUACAUUAGAAAGAGAGAUUCAUAUCAUUGGUGUCACAGCACAUAGCAACAGUAAAACCACUGCUACCAUGGGAACCACUGAAUCAACCUGUAAAAUAGUAACAUUGAGUCAAAAUCGACAACCUAAAGACUUCUUGGAACAAACAAAAGACAAUACAACAUCAUCUACUGUAGACAAACCACUCAACCCAAAUGACCAUGUGACAAUCUUAGUCAUUCUAGAUGUGCCAAACUUUCUGUAUGAAUCGUCACAUACUGUUGAUUUAUUGCUUCAUUGGGGAGAGAACAUUGAUGGAGAUAUGAACAACAAGUUCACAUGUCAUCUAGGACCUGCAUGCAUCAGUGCUGAGGAUAUAGUCAGUUGUAAAUAUAACACAGAGCCCACUAUUGGUAAAAUUGAAUCUUUAGAUACAGCAGAUGAAGUGCAAAAAACAAAACUUUGUUUAGAUGCUACUCAAAUAACAACUCAGUUAGAAAUCCAGAGUCAGUUCACGCACCCUGCACUGCAAAGUAUUCUUGGGAAAAUUGGAUUUGUCUGGAGUGACACCUAUCUGUACAUAAUGGAAACAGGAAUGCUGAAGAAUGUGAGGGUGGAGAUUCAAGCCAGAAAACUUAGACUGACCAUGGUGGUCAUUUACUCCAACGAUCACAGACAGUUACUACUGCUGGUACAAAUGCUGUAUAAACUGUUACCUAGUGACUGUAAAAUAUCUCUGAGUCACCACAGCAACCAUUCUGCCAUAGCAACUGCAUUAGAUGCCAUAACAACAGAAGCAAAUUAUCAGGCAAUAGCAUUGAGAAAAAUGAUUGCUAAUUCCAAUCAAAUUCAGUCUAAAACAGAGACAUUUCCAAGUAAUGACACUGGACCAAUAGACACGAAAAAUGCGGACACAGAAAUCAUGGCGUUUGAAAAUAUGGAUAAAGGUGAUAUUGCUGCUAAUAAUCUGAGCAGUAGACGAAUAUUUAUGAAACAGAGAAAAGAACAUACAAAAUCACAAAGCCUCAUAUCCUCGGAAGAAUUUAACAGUUUUAGGACAAAUUUACAAAAACUUGGAGGAAUAACAGAUGAGGCCAUGUGUGCUAUUGAUAAAUGAGUAGACUCACAUACCAUGGCAGUCAUGCCUUUCAAGAAAUAAUAUAAUUACUGUAGAAGAUGGAAUGGCAAAGAAUGAAGCUGUUCACUAUAGCUGAACAUUGAAUGACGUACUUUGUUUAGUUUAAAGGGCUACAACAUUUUGGUUCACCCUAUAUUCAAUACAUCCAAAUGUAUGAGUAUGUAUCAAAAUGUGAGAACUGGUUAUCAAGUUUAAAUAAUUGUUUCCUGUGAAAUUUCAACUCAUG